AUGGCAUCUCUCCCUGCAACGACAUCUGCAGCGUCAACGGCCUCCCAUUUCCCCAACACCCACGACAAGGUAUUGGACCCUAUUGACACCAAAAAUUUCAUCGACAAUGAAUUUACCAAUUCGGCCGCGAUAGAAUGGUUUGAAGUACACGACCCUGCCACCAACAAUAUUGUAACUCGCGUACCUCAGACCACUGGCGAUGAACUACGCGCCGCCGUGGUAUCUGCCGAAACGGCGUUCCCAGCAUGGCGAGCUACAAGCAUCAUCGCUAGACAACAGAUCAUGUUCAAAUUUGUACACCUAAUUCGGGUCCAUUGGGACCGCUUGGCGGCUUCAAUUACGCUAGAACAAGGCAAGACCUUCAAAGAUGCAAAAGGCGAUGUUCUCCGUGGUCUUCAAGUGGCUGAAACGGCAUGUGGAAUUACCACGCAGCUGACUGGAGAGCUACUCGAGGUCGCAAAGGAUAUGGAAACUAGAUCGUAUCGAGAGCCAUUGGGUGUCGUCGCCGCCAUAUGCCCAUUCAAUUUUCCAGCCAUGAUCCCGCUGUGGUGCAUCCCACUUGCAAUUGUUACAGGAAACUGCAUAGUCUUGAAGCCUUCCGAGCGCGAUCCAGGUGCGGCAUUGAUUUUAGCAGAGCUUCUACAAGAGGCCGGAUUGCCAAAAGGUGUGCUGAAUAUUGUCCACGGGAGUAGAGAUACAGUCAAUUUUCUCCUCGACGAACCAUGUAUUAAAGCAAUUAGCUUUGUUGGCAGUAAUAACGCUGGAGAAUAUAUAUACUCUCGAGGGUCUGCCAAUGGGAAACGUGUGCAAGCCAAUUUGGGAGCAAAAAAUCACGCUGUUGUUCUUCCAGAUGCUGAUACAGAUCAUACUUUGAAUGCCAUUGUUGGUGCUGCGUUCGGUGCGGCUGGUCAACGCUGCAUGGCUCUCAGCGUCCUUGUCAUGGUUGGCGAGUCUAAAAAAUGGCUUCCAGAUCUUGUUGAACGCGCAAAGCAGCUUGUAGUGAAUGGAGGCUUUGAGAAAGACUGCGAUGUUGGUCCUGUUGUGAGCCCUUCCAGUAAGGAGAGGAUUGAAAGCGUCAUCAAAAGCGCGGGUGAACAAGGAGCUUCAAUUCUCCUUGAUGGAAGAGGGUAUAGAGUCCCAAAAUACCCAAACGGUAAUUUUGUUGGACCAACGGUAAUCACCAACGUAACAACCAAUAUGAGAUGCUAUAAGGAAGAAAUAUUCGGACCCGUCCUCGUCUGUGUUUCUGUUCCAACACUUGAUGAAGCUGUGCGGCUUGUAAAUCGAAAUGAAUAUGGAAAUGGCGUUGCAGUCUUCACCCGAUCCGGUCCGGCGGCAUCCUACUUUCAGAAAAACAUCGAAGCAGGGCAAGUUGGUAUCAAUGUGCCUAUUCCAGUUCCACUGCCCAUGUUUUCUUUCUCUGGAAACAAGAAGAGCAUUGCUGGGGGAGGUGCAAACACGUUUUACGGAAAACCUGGCCUAAACUUCUACACGCAAACAAAGACAGUGACAAGUCUGUGGAGGAGCGAAAACACGGGUACUGGCAAACAAGUCGUAAUGCCAUCUCACAUCUAG